CCCUCCCCCGCCCGGUAGCAGGUCUGGGCACGGUUCGCGGGAGCAACUUGGCGGCUCAUCCCCUUCCUCCCUCUCCCCGGGCCAGCGCGGCCAUGGCGGGCGCGGGCGGGCGGCCCCGCCACUCCUAGAGCCGCCGCAGCCCGGGAGCCGCCGCCGCCGGGAUGAGCGUCCUCGCCUUCGACGACGGGGCCCUGGAGGGGCUGACGCCGUCCCUCGGCCUCUCCGGGGCCAGCGACAUCGACACGGCGCUGCUCAGCGACAUCGACGACAUGCUCCAGCUGAUCAACACGCAGGACAAUGACUUCUCGGGGCUGUUUGAUUUGCCGUUCGCUGCCCCUGACAGCGCCGUGCCCCCGGGGCUCCCCUCUGCCCCGGGCACCCUCGGCACCUACCUGGGACCCAACAAGCCUCCCCCCGCCGCCCCCACCGGCAGCGUCUACCCGGGGCCCUCUGGGAUGGCAGCCUUCACCCCGCAGCCCCCAGCCCCGCUCCUGCCGGCGCCAGCCCCGGGUGUCAAGGAGGAGCCGGCGGCCCUGCCCAGCAGCCAGCCCCAGCCCGGCAUGAUGCUGGCCCCCAGCUUUGUUCCUGCGUCCCCCAGCCAGUUCAGUCCCCAGCCCUUGGUGGGCUACCAGAACCAGCACAGCUUCUCCGCCGUGCAGCCCGGGGGUGCGGGGCAGGCCCUGCCCAGCCCCCUGCCUGCCCCACAGCCGGGCCAGCCCGUGGCACUGCCUGGCCCCGUGCAGAGUGUGGCACCGCAGCAGCUCCUGGCCCCCGCCGCUCCCGCCGCUCCCGCUGCCCAGCCCGUCUCGCCCCAGAUCCAGCCAGUGCCGGUCCUGCUGCAACCCCAUUUCAUCAAGGCUGACUCCCUGCUGCUGACGGCCGUCAAGACGGACGCCGGCAGUGCCAAGACCUCCAGCAUCGCCUCCCUGGCCACCAGCGCCAGCGGCUCUGCCACCCCGCUGCAGGUGCCGGCGUUGGUGAGCGGAGGGACCAUCCUGGCCACGGUGCCGCUGGUGGUGGAUGCCGAGAAGCUGCCCAUCAACCGGCUGGCGCCCAGCGGGAAGCCGGCACUGGUCCAGAGCAGGGGUGAGAAGCGCACGGCGCACAACGCCAUCGAGAAACGCUACCGCUCCUCCAUCAACGACAAGAUCGUGGAGCUCAAGGACCUGGUGGUGGGCACGGAGGCCAAGCUCAACAAGUCAGCGAUCCUGAGGAAGGCGAUCGAAUACAUCCGCUUCCUGCAGCAGAGCAACCAGAAGCUGAAGCAGGAGAACCUCGCCCUGAAGAUGGCUGUGCAGAAGAACCAGUCCCUGAAGGACCUGGUGGCCUCCUGCAGCGGGGGGGCCAAGGCGGAGGCCCCCAUGGAGGUGGUGAAGGCAGAGGUGAUGGAGAUGCUGACGCCACCACCCUCGGACGUGGGCUCGCCGUCCCACAGCAGCCCACUCUCGCUCAGCGGGGGCAGCAGCAACAGCAGCAGCGACUCGGAGCCUGACAGUCCCCUCUGCGACCAUGGCAAGGUGAAGCAGGAGCGCCUGCCGCCCUCACCCAGCAGCCAGGGCAUGCUGGACCGUUCCCGCAUGGCCCUCUGCGCCUUCGUCUUCCUCUGCCUCUCCUUCAACCCCCUGGCCUCCCUUCUCCGGGGCUCUGGUGCCCCAGCCCCUGUGGGGACCUCGGGCACUGCUGGCCCUGGCAGGAGCAUCAUGGCUGAGUCUGGCACCGUGGAGGAGCCGUGGGGGUGGUCGCAGUGGCUGUGGCCCACGCUGGCCUUCUGGGCGCUGAAUGCGGCGCUGGUGCUGGGCGCGGUGGUGCGGCUCUUCGUCUGCGGGGAGCCCGUCACCCGCCCCCACUCCGAGCCCUCCGUCCUCUUCUGGCGGCACCGCCGGCAGGCCGACCUUGACCUCGACCGGGGGGACUUUGCGCAGGGGGCCCAGCACCUGCGGACGGCGCUGGGGGCGCUGGGGCGGCCGCUGCCCGCCUCCCACGGGGACCUGGCCUGCAGCCUGCUCUGGACCCUGCUGCGGCACCUGCUCCAGCGCCUCUGGGUGGGCCGCUGGCUGGCCGCCCGCGCCGGGGGGCUGCGCCCCGACCCUCCGACCCCCGACCACGUCCACCAGAGUGCCCGCGACGCCGCCAUGGCCUACCACCGCCUGCACCAGCUCCACCUCGCCGGGAAGCAGGCCGGGGGGCACCUGCUGGCCAUCAACCUGGCGCUAAGUGCCGUCAACCUGGCCGAGUGCGCCGGCGACGCCAUCUCUGUGGCUGCCCUGGCUGAGAUCUACGUGGCAGCCGCCCUGCGGGUCAAGGCCAGCCUGCACCGCUGCUUCCACUUCUUAGCCCGCCCCUUCCUCUGCAGCGCCCGGCGUGUGGCCCUGUCCCAUGGCGGGGCCGUGCCCCCUGCCAUGCAGUGGCUCUGCCACCCCUUGGGCCACCGCUUCUUCGUCGAUGGGGACUGGGCCGUCAAGGGUGUCCCAAGAGAAACCAUCUACAGCUCUGCUGGCAACCCAGUGGACCCGUUGGCGCAGGUGACCCAGCUCUUCCGCGAGCAUCUCCUGGAGAAGGCGCUGUGCUGCGUGGCCAUGCCUGAGCCUGGCCGCCCUGCUGCCCAGGGAGAGGGGCGGUUCUCCAGCGCACUCGAGUACCUCCAGCUGCUCAACGGCUGCUCCGACGCCAGCGGUGUGCCCAGUCCCGCACCCUCCAUCAGCUCUGGCUUGGCGGCCAUCACAGGUGAGGCCAGCGUGUCCCCCUGGGGAUGCUUUGUGUGGGGGGCCAGGGGAGUGGUGGACACCCCGCUCCCGUGUCCCUCCCACCCCGCAGGCACCGACCCCGUGUCCAAGUGGUGGGCGUCCAUCAUUGGCACAGUUAUUCACUGGCUGCAGGGAGAUGAGGAGGGGGCCGAGCGCCUCUACCCGCUGGUGGAGACCAUGCCCCGGGCGCUGCAGAGCUCUGAGAAGCCCCUGCCCCGCGCUGCCCUGCAUUCCUUCAGGGCUGUCCGGGCCAUGCUGAGCAAGCAGGACGGGAGCCAGGCCAGCCUGAGCCACUGCGAGAAGGCCAGCAGCUGCCUGCGGGAGAGCCUGGAGCUGGGCAGCCCCCCCAAGGGCACCAUCGACAAGGCGGUCCAGCUCCUGCUGUGCGAUCUGCUCCUUGUCACCCGCACCAACCUGUGGCAGCAGCAGAUGAGCAUCAGCCAGCAGCGCAGCUGCCUCUACCAGGCGUCCGCGCUCGAGCUCCGCGGCUUCCAGCAGGACCUCAGCAGCCUGCGGCGCCUGGCCCAGACCCUGCGCCCCGCCAUGCGCCGGGUGUUCCUGCACGAAGCCACCGCCAGGCUCAUGGCCCGGGCCAGCCCCACACGCACCCACCAGCUGCUGGACCGCAGCCUGCGGAGGAGAGGGGUGCAGGGCAGCAAAACAGCCGGCGAGCCAGAGAGCCACCCCACGCCACGGGAGCACGCUGAGGCCCUGCUGCUGGCCUGCUGCUACCUCCCACCCAGCUUCCUCUCGGGGCCGGGCCAGCGUGUGGGCAUGCUGGCCGAGGCCGCCCGCACCCUGGAGAAGCUGGGCGACAAACGGAUGCUGCACGACUGCCAGCAGAUGAUCAUCAAGCUGGGCAGUGGCACCACUGUCACAUCGGGCUAGCCGGGGACAGGGGGCACGCUGCCAGCCCCCCUGCCAGCCCCCCUGGCUCCAGGAUGUGGGGAAUGGGGUGGCUGGGGGUGCUGAGGAGACACGUGCCUCAGUUUCCCCUGGGACGUGAGCCCCUUCUGUGGGAUGGUUUAGGGAGCAGUUUUUCAGGUGACGGGGUGGGAGCUUGGGGAGGGGUAGGGUGAUGCCCGGUGCCACUGGCGGUGGGUGCGGAGGCUCCCGGCGUGGGACAGCCACGGGUGGGCUCAGCCACCGCAUGGCUCUGUCCCUGUCCUCAGCCCGCUUGGGUGAUGGGACGUGGGGACCUCUAGUGACACUGUCCCAGUAUUGCAUGGCACUGGGAUGCUUGGCCAGCCCGGCCCCAGUGUCACCCAGUACCGCCCAGUGCCCUGGCACAGGGUGGGGGCCCCUCCUCGCCCACCUUUCCUGGUGUCCCAUUGCGGGGGGAGGAGGUUUGGCCCCACGGUGGUCCCUAAGGGCCCUGUCCCCCACUGUGCCUGUGACAGGCAAGAGGCCCCCCCCCACGGCUUGUCCUCCACCUCCCCACCCAAGACUGACCAGUCCCCCCCAGUUAGGAGCUGCCACCGCCCCCGGGCAUGGCCAGGCCUGAGCGCUUUCGGAGAGGAGAUGGCAGGGUGGCACGGAGCUCCCGGGGGGCUGGUGGGUGCCCCCAUCCCCUUGCUGCAUCCCCCCCUUGUACAUAGCCCCCUCGCCCUGCCCCAGCCCCCCCCGCCUUGCCUUUUUAAAUGGUAUUUUCAUAGUUGAAGAGUUUUGUACAGACAAUUAAAGCUGAUUAUUUAUA